AGCUACCAUAACCAAAAAAAAAAAAAAGGAAGGUUCGAGACACAAAUAAAACGAAUACAAGAAAUGUUGCGAUCGUUGGUUGCAAAACCUCACAGUUCCCAAUGCUUUAUCUUCAACCUCUCGCAGAAGUUACUUCACGGAAACGGCGCAGCUCAAUUCCGAGCAACGCGCGCAUUCACGCCGCGUUCAGUUGCCGGGGUGUCGCCGCCGUCGAAGGCGAUCGUGUACGAGGAGCACGGGCAACCCGACGCGGUGACGAAGCUGGUGGAGUUUCCAGGUGUGGAAGUGAAGGAGAAUGAUGUGUGCGUGAAGAUGCUGUGUGCUCCCAUAAACCCUUCCGACAUUAACAGAAUACAAGGCGUGUAUCCCGUCAGGCCAGAGCUACCCGCAGUUGGUGGCUACGAAGGCGUUGGAGAGGUUUACUCCGUCGGCUCCGCUGUCACUUCUCUCUCUCCUGGUGACUGGGUCAUUCCUUCUCCACCGUCCUUCGGGACAUGGCAGACAUACAUUGUGAAAGAUCAGAGUGUAUGGCACAAGAUAGACAAGGGCGUGCCUAUGGAAUAUUCUGCUACCAUCACUGUUAAUCCCUUGACUGCUCUCCUCAUGCUUGAAGACGGUGUUACUUUGAGCUCAGGGGAUGCAAUUGUGCAAAAUGGAGCUACCAGCAUGGUUGGGCAGUGCGUCAUUCAGCUUGCAAAAUCUCGCGGUAUUCGCAGCAUAAAUAUUAUAAGGGACAGGGCUGGGGUUGAUGAAGUGAAAGAAACUCUUAAGAAUUUGGGUGCUGAUCACGUUUUCACUGAGAAUGAAUUGGAAGUGAAGAAUGUAAAGGGUCUCCUGAAUGAUAUACCUGAACCUGCACUAGGAUUCAACUGUGUUGGUGGCAAUGCUGCUUCUCUGGUUCUCAAAUUUUUGAGACAAGGAGGAACUAUGGUGACUUAUGGUGGAAUGUCUAAAAGGCCUGUUACUGUGCCUACCUCAGCCUUCAUAUUUAAGGAACUUUCCUUGAGGGGGUUCUGGCUGCAGAAAUGGUUGAGCACAGAGAAAGCUGUAGAGAGCAGAAGAAUGAUAGACAAGCUUUUGGGUCUUGUACAUGAGGGCAAGUUAAAAUACAACAUGGAGCUGGCUCCUUUUAGUGAUUUUAAUACAUCAUUGGAUAAGGCUCUUGGAAAACUUGGGAGCCAACCUAAACAAGUGAUCAAAUUCUAAACGUCGGAUUUUUGGAGAGGGAGUUUGCAUUUGUCUCUUAUCUGUCAAGUAUCAACCCAAAUCUUUGUAGAACCUCAUUUGUAUAGUACGUGGAUAUAGAGUUGUCUAAAUAAUACGUUGUCUUUCGUCAGUGUAUCGUGUCUGUUUUUCAUGCUUGAUGCAACCAAUAUAGAAAUUCUAAUUCAAGGCCGAUUACGUAAAA